GGGAAAACAUAACAGAAAUGGAGGUUAUAUAUUUGAAAUUUAAACUUUGGGGUUGCUGGUUCAGACUUGCCAAUUUUUAAUCUCAAGGAAAAGGAAUGAACCUAGGAUUUUAUUUUUUAUACAAAAAAACAAAUCUUCUUGUCAUUCUGCUAAUUAACCCUGGACCGUAAGAGUCGAGUCAAGUGAAAAGGAUCAUCGGACGGACCUGAGCAUCCCGUUAUGUAUAUGCAGUGCGGUAUAUGCAAAGACAACUUCAUAAAUUUUGAAAAUCUGUACGCAGUACCAUGCGGCCACGUAUUCCAUCACCAUUGCAUCACGUCAUGGCUCGACAUGGGGUCUCACACUUGUCCCCAGUGCAGAAAGUCUACCGGAAAGAGAACCAUAUUGAAACUGUUUUUUGACAUUGUUGAACCUCCAGAUGAGGAUAAGGAGGAUCUAGCUACACUUAGGGGACGGAAUGAUGUCUUAAGAUUCGAAAUCACAUGUAAAGACGUUGAAAUCAAAUCCCUCAAAAAGUCGGCAACGGAAGCUAAUAACAUUGCAAAAGAACUACGAUCAAUUGUUAAAACGCUCGAGGCUGAAAUCGUUUCUAUGCAGGAACAGUUGGAUUUCCACAAAAGUAAAUCGCAUCUUUUAGUCAAAGUAACUAAAGAACUGAAAGAGAAGGUGGCUCAAAUAGAAUUGUACAAAAGAAAAAUUGAAAGAUUAAACGGGAUCAGGGCGUUGACCCAAGAACGUCUCAACGAAAGUGAUAUUAGAGAUAUUGUUAAAGAAUUGAAUAAAGACGAUCUCAUUGAAAUAAUCUGUGCAAAUAAAAGGGAAACAAAAAAAUUAAUCGACAGUGAAAAUUCGUUAGCAGGCCAUUUGAGAUCGGCAAAUCAUGAAAUUCUUAAAUUGAGACGGGACCUGGAGCAAGCAGAUUCAAAAAUUAACAUCCUUCAACAAGUUGCAGAGGGGUUAAAGGCAAAACAAAAUAAAAGUUCUGAUGAUGUUUCUAUACUGUCCAUCAAUGAGAGCAACACGAGUUCUCACAGUGAUUAUACCGAUGAAUUUUCUGUAAGCAAAUCCAAUGAAUCACCCAAUGAAACUAAACAGUUGGUUAAAUCAAAACCCAGGUCUAACCUUGAACAAACCAAUACUGCUAAAAAGGCUGUUACGGAAACAAAAAUUAAAGAUCCUCUAGGAUUGAGGAACACGCAUAUAUUUAAACCACCUAGGAUAAUAACUGGAAACAAAUUAUUGACAAAGAGUAAAUCAGCAUGCACAAUUGAGCCUGAAUAUUACAACGGUCUAGGUGGAAGCGCAAGGCUUAACGCUUUUCCCCAAGCGAAGCCACACCUAUCUAAAAUUCCAAUGAAACAUAAAAAAUGAAAAAAAACUGGACCUAAGCUUUAUGAACAUUUGUUUAAUUUAUUUUCUUUUAUAAAUUAUUAUGUAUUGUAAAGUUUAAAAAAGUGAUUAUAAUUUACUUUUCUUGUUGUAGUUCAAUUUAUUUUCAUUGCCAACCAUGAUGGAAGAAGUAUGCAUACUAAAUUAUCUUCGGCCAAAUGAUAUGUUUAAUAAAUUUUAGUAAAUUUA